AUGGAGAUAUUGGAAGUGUAUGACAGUCUUGCCUUCCAGUUGCAAUAUGGCAAAGGCACCAGAGUUUCCGUCAUUCCCAAUAUCAAGAACCCUGACCCCGCCGUGUACCAGCUGAGAAGCCCUAAAUCCAGCAACACUUCCGUCUGCCUAUUCACCGACUUUGAUUCUAAAAUCACCAAUGUGACACAAGAACCAGGAGUGUUCGGCUCUAGCAGCACGGCACUGGACAUGAGGGUCAUGGGUUCAAAGAGCAACGGGGCACUGCGCUGGAGUGCCAGCUCUUAUUUCUCCUGUGAAUCCACCUUCAACGGGUCCUUCUACUCCAGCUCAGAAAUUCCCUGUGAUGCCACGUUGAUAGAGAAAAGCUUUGAAACAGAUAUGAAUCUGAACUUCCAAAACCUGUCCGUAAUCGGGCUCCGCAUCCUCUUCCUGAAAGUGGCCGGCUUUAACCUGCUCAUGACGCUGCGGCUGUGGACCAGCUGA